UCUCAACCCCUUCCUUCUCUCCUACCCUGUACUUCAUGUGCCAGGGCCUCUCUCCCCCUCUUCUCUGAACCCUGAUCUCAUCCUUGACCCCUUUGGUCAGGAUGAGCUGGCUGAGCCGGCUGACCCCUCGAGGUCCGGGGGGCAGGUCCAGUAGGAACGUGGCACCCUCCAGUCCCUGUACUGCUGACCCAGAGACCUGCCUCAUGGUGUUUGAGAACCACUGGAGACAGGUGUCCUGGGUGCUGGAACAGCGGGAUCCGUCAAGCUCUAGUGAUGACCUCACCGCGGUGCGGAACCACACCGACCAGAUGCUGUGCCUCCUGGCCGAGGAGCGACCGGGGGAGUGUGAGGGACCCUCCGGGGCGGUAACGUCCGGUAACGUCCCCCCCAUUGGCCCCAUCCUGGACCUGGUGGUGUCUGAGAACGUCCUGGAGCGUGUGGUGCAGUGGCACCUGAGGCGCGGCCUGGACCCCGACAGCCAGGGGGCGCUACUCAAGCUGUUUGAGAUGCUGAUAGGCCAGUCUCAGCAGCCCUUGCUCCAACACAAGGCGGUGCUGCAACCUCUACUGGGUCUGCUGGGGGCCUGUGCUGAGCCCCAGCUGGGCUGCCCUCCCUCUCUGGAGAACAGCCUCGUGCUGCUGCUCAACCAGAUCUGUGUGUCGAUGGCGCGGGCUCCUGCUGUGUUGGAGCUGUUGUUCAGGACGGCCCCGGUGCAACACGGGCCUACCAACCUGCUCAUCUUCUCCCUGCUGGUUCCCUUCAUCCACCGUGACGGAGCCAUCGGACAGCAGGCCCGCGACGCCCUCCUCCUCGUCAUGGCAACCUCCGCCAGCAACCAGGGAGUGGCACGCUACAUUGCAGAGAACUCCUACUUCUGCCCGGUGCUGGCCACGGGCCUGAGUGCUCUCUACUCCUCCCUGCCGAGGAAGAUAGAGGUACGGGGAGAUGACUGGCACGCUCUGCGCAGGGAGGACUGGAUGGGCGUGUCCUCUCUGGUGCUCUUCAUGAACUCUCUGGAGUUCUGUAACGCUGUCAUCCAGGUGGCUCACCCCCUGGUCCGCAGACAGCUGGUCGACUACGUUCACAACGGAUUCCUGGUCCCUGUCAUGGGACCCGCCCUACACAAGUCAUCUGUAGAUGAGAUGAUAGCCAGUACAGCCUACCUGGACCUGUUCCUACGCAGCGUCACGGAAACAGCUCUCCUUAAAACCUUCCUGCGUUUUAUCCUCAUGCAUCGCCACGACAACGACACCAUCCUGGACACAUUGCUAACUCGCAUCAGCAGCAACUCAAGGCUGUGUAUGGUGUCUUUGAGCCUGUUUAGGACUCUACUCUCUCUCAACUGUGAAGACCUCAUGUUGCAGCUCGUUCUCAGGUAUCUGCUGCCCUGUACCCAUGUGAUGUUGAGUCAGAGGCGUGCUGUCAGGGACACUGAUCUCUAUGGUAAAUCAGCCGACAAGUUCCUGUCCCUCAUCCCAGACUGCUGCCGUCUGAGCACAGUGCCCUCUGCUGAGCAGGAGGAAGAACCUGCCCUUUGGGGGAAAGUCCUGAACAGUCCCAGCUCAGAGUCUCCAGUACACCACAAACCCAGCACUCCGUCCCGCUUGGCCCUGUUCAUGCGCCAGCAGAGCACUGGAGGAGGGCCCUCCACCCCCUCCCCCACCGAGACGGUCCCCUCGUCGCCUGGUGCCGGCCCCAACACCCCCCUGUCCCCAGAUAGCCCCAUGCACCCCGUCCCAGAGGGGCUGGACUGGGAGUCGGGGUACCUGGAGUACCUCAGGGACGCACGUAGGGGGGUAGAGCUGUGCUCCUGGGCCUGCCGGAACUGGUCAGCCCCCUACGACGGAGAGGACCCCUCACCCAACACGGCCCCUCUACCUCCCCCGCCCCCCACCUCCAACCCUUCCCUGGCCAUGUUCCCAGAGCACUUCUCCUUCCAGCAGGGUGGAGGAGGAAAUGGAGGUAGUACCUCCCCCGGCCAGCAGAGGGCAGCGGUGGUGGCAGCAGCGCGGUCAGAGUGGUCCAGUACAGAGAGGGACAGUGGAGAGUGGGACGUCACCAUCGGUAAGAACAGCUGUAUCAGCCUCACACCCCGCACCAAGAAACGCAGCCUGCAGAGAGAGGAUGUCCCCCUCCCCAAACCUCUCCAUCUCCCUCCUGAUUCUGCCUCCCUCCCUGACCCCUCCGCUGCUCCCCACCACCACUCCGCCCCCACCAAGGGCCCUCAGCAGGCCAUCAUAAAUGGGACGUUGUUGGGGGGGCAGGGGGACGGGUGUAGGGACAGCCAGGAUGGAGGGAUGGAGGUUAAGAAGGUGAAGAGAGAGUUGGGCGAGCAGCGGCACCCUACUGGGGGGGACUCUAGUCAGAACGGGGGGGUGGGUGCCUGCCCUGCCCAGUCCUGCGGGUCCCUACAAGGCUUCUACAGUGAAGGGAAUGGGAGUGGGGCUGCGGAAAGCUCCAGAGGUCUUCCACCACACAAACCGAGUCACGCCCAGACUCAGUCUGCUCCACUGCUCUCAGAACCCCGUACCAACUCCUCCAACGACAGGCUGACCCUCCAUGCUGCAGCACCUGGCCCUGGAUCGAGACCUCCAGAGGCAAUGCUCUUUCACCAGUCAGAAGCAGUGGAGCGACUGAUCUCUGAGCUCCUGGAUGGGGUCGGACCGGGGGAGGGGGGCCAGCAGGGGCCUGGAGACUCCAACGGCCAGGGCAUCAGCAUCGAGGCCUUCACCCAGGAACUCCGGGAGCUGGAGGAGAGAGUGAGGGAGAGGAGCAGGGGGGUGGGGCUGCUCAGACAGCUGGAGGAGACCACCAGAGACCCCCACUCAGAGGAACCACCGCCCCCCUCUCCCCUGGACGCUGACCUGAUGGGGAGCGGGGUAGGGGCUGGCGUUGUGGGGGUGUUCAGCCCUGCCAGGCCUCUAGGACAACCAUCCACUCAGCCCUACACAGGUCCGUUCAUGGUGGUUCUGUUUGCCAAGCUGGAAAACAUGCUCCAGAACUCUCUGUAUGUAAACAUCCUGUUGACGGGUAUUCUGGGCCAGCUUGCCUGCUACCCUCAGCCCCUGCUCCGAUCUUUCCUCCUCAACACCAACAUGGUGUUCCAACCCAGCGUCAAGUCUCUCAUACAGGUCCUGGGCUCAGUGAAGAACCGCAUCGAGACGUUUGCAGCGUCCCAUGAGGAUUUCCCUGCCAUGUUGAAGAAAGCCCAGCGCUACCUGGCUGCCAGGGGCAAGGUGGAUUGGGCGGACUCACCCAUGGGGAUGCCCACACUGCGACGCUCUGAUUCUCUGGUGAAGAGCCGGAAACCCUCACUAGGCGACCUGAUCCUUCGCCACACCAACAGCCCCACGCGGGCACGCCACGCCGCCCAGCUCGCCCUGGCCCACGUACGAGACGGCGGCCAAUCGCUGCACAGUGCCCUGUUCCGGGGCGGGUCAGGGGCGUCGGGGCUGGAGAAGCAGGCAGAGGCUCUGAGGGUGAAGAACGCCGUCUACUGCGCCGUCAUCUUCUCUGAGUUCCUCAAGGAGCUGGCCGCUCUGGCCCAGGAGCACGCUGUCUCCAUGCCCUUCCUCCAGAGCCACGAUACUGAGGAGUGAUGCUGUCUGUCUCCAUGCCCUUCCUCCAGAGCCACGACACUGAGGAGUGAUGCUGUCUGUCUCCAUGCCCUUCCUCCAGAGCCACGACACAGAGGAGUGAUGCUGUCUCCUUGCCCUUCCUCCAGAGCCACGACACUGAGGAGUGAUGCUGACUCCAUUCCCUUCCUCCAGAGCCACGACACUGAGGAGUGAUGCUGUCUCCUUGCCCUUCUUCUAGAGACACGACACUGAGGAGUGAUGCUGUCUGGCUCCUUGCCCUUCCUCCAGAGCCACGACACUGAGGAGUGAUGCUGUCUCCUUGCCCUUCCUCUAGAGACACGACACUGAGGAGUGAUGCUGUCUGGCUCCUUACCCUUCCUCCAGAGCCACGACACUGAGGAAUGAUGCUGUCUGUCUCCUUGCCCUUCCUCCAGAGCCACGACACUGAGGAGUGAUGCUGUCUCCUUGCCCUUCCUCUAGAGACACGACACUGAGGAGUGAUGCUGUCUGGCUCCUUGCCCUUCCUCCAGAGCCACGACACUGAGGAAUGAUGCUGUCUGUCUCCAUGCCCUUCCUCCAGAGCCAUGACACUGAGGAGUGAUGCUGUCUCCUUGCCCUUCCUCUAGAGACACGACACUGAGGAGUGAUGCUGUCUGACUCCUUGCCCUUCCCCCAGAGCCACGACACUGAGGAAUGAUGCUGUCUGUCUCCUUGCCCUUCCUCCAGAGACACGACACUGAGGAGUGAUGCUGUCUGACUCCUUGCCCUUCCUCCAGAGCCACGACACUGAGGAGUGAUGCUGUCUGUCUCCAUGCCCUUCCUCCAGAGCCACGACACUGAGGAGUGAUGCUGUCUGUCUCCAUGCCCUUCCUCCAGAGACACGACACUGAGGAGUGAUGCUGUCUGUCUCCAUGCCCUUCCUCCAGAGCCACGACACUGAGGAGUGAUGCUGUCUGUCUCCUUGCCCUUCCUCCAGAGACACGACACUGAGGAGUGAUGCUGUCUGACUCCUUGCCCUUCCUCCAGAGACACGACACUGAGGAGUGAUGCUGUCUGUCUCCUUGCCCUUCCUCCAGAGACACGACACUGAGGAGUGAUGCUGUCUGACUCCUUGCCCUUCCUCCAGAGCCACGACACUGAGGAGUGAUGCUGUCUGUCUCCUUGCCCUUCCUCCAGAGACACGACACUGAGGAGUGAUGCUGUCUGACUCCUUGCCCUUCCUCCAGAGCCACGACACUGAGGAGUGAUGCUGUCUGUCUCCUUGCCCUUCCUCCAGAGACACGACACUGAGGAGUGAUGCUGUCUCCUUGCCCUUCCUCCAGAGCCACGACACUGAGGAGUGAUGCUGUCUGUCUCCUUGCCCUUCCUCCAGAGCCACGGCACUGAGGAGUGAUGCUGUCUCCUUGCCCUUCCUCCAGAGUGACACUAAAGGUCGCAACCUGAUUUCAACCCUCCUCCCAGAAGAUUGAGAAGCAUUGGAUUGGUUAACAUCUGUCAGAAUUUACAUGGAUAUGCCAAAACUCUGGUCGACAGGUACGACUCUUGACUUUGACGUUUGAUGAAAGCCGUGGCUACAGUAGUUCCCUUAAUAUCCAACGCUGUUACUCUUAUUCUGGGCAUGUAUAACUCUCCAGAAUUGAAUCUUCAGAAUUGACGAUAUUCCCCAAGUCCUCAACAGCUACAUACAGAUGUUUGAAGAGUGGAAAAAAUACAGUAAUUCAAUAAAAAGAUGUAUGAACAAGAAAAUCUAUGAGAAGUCGCUAGUUCCACAAGUAGGUUCUGGGUAAUCUGUGCUAGACUGAGAAUAGAGAAUCAAGCUGUUUCUGUGUUGAAGAGGGAGGGAGGGAGGGAGAGAGUAAAUUACUGCAGUGUUUUCCAAAAACACCAUCCGUCCCUUCAGCUGUCCAUCCAAACCUUCUGUCUGUCUGUUCGUUCACCUCCAAUGUGUCCCUUUCGUUUCGGUUUUAUUUUGUCUCAAUACAUUGUGCAAGAAAAAAGGAUUUUACAGUUGGUGACCCCUCUUAAGGUCACAAACUGUACCCUGGCAAUGACCAAAUGAUUAUCUCUUAACCGUUAUCUAUUUCAUUUGAUCAGACAUCAAAUCAGUCACUCUAAGUCCGAUUUUAACUUUGUAUGAAUAUUUUUCUGUGAAAGAAUUGCUUGUUAAAGGUGUGUGAGUUCGUUUCACUGUCCUUUUAUUAGACAGUUCACUGUUCUCUUGAAGCAACCCCAUCCACAACAACGCAAUCCUAUAAUAAGUGUUGAGUUAAAUACAUCUGGGUUUCGGGGUGGCUACAGCCAGUAGCUGGAUCAGGUGUUUUCACCAUGUUAGCAUUUUCAUUUUCCUUUUAUUGUAAAUUUAAGAAAUUCAUGCAACUAUUUCAAUUGUAUUGAUUGGUGAUUUGUGAGCAUGUUCAGCUCUUUCUAGGUUUUGUCUUGUCGUGUGUGUGUGUGUGUGUGUGUGUGUGUGUGUGUGUGUGUGUGUGUGUGUGUGUGUGUGUGUGUGUGUGUGUGUGUGUGUGUGUGUGUGUGUGUGUGUGUGUGUGUGUGUGUGUGUGUGUGUGUGUGUGUGUGUGUGUGUGUGUGUGUGUGGGGCAGUAGUCUUCCUCAGCCAUUCAUCUCUCACUCAUACAGCCAUCUCUCUGGAACUGCCAGUCAGCCACUCCACAUAAUGACAUGCAUCUCUCUCACUCAUACAGCCAUCUCUCUGGAACUGCCAGCCAAGCCACUCCACAUAAUGCCAUGCAUCUCUCUCACUCAUAUAGCCAUCUCUCUGGAACUGCCAGCCAGCCACUCCACAUAAUGACAUGCAUCUCUCUCACUCAUACAGCCAUCUCUCUGGAACUGCCAGCCAAGCCACUCCACAUAAUGCCAUGCAUCUCUCUCACUCAUACAGCCAUCUCUCUGGAACUGCCAGCCAGCCACUCCACAUCUCUCUCACUCAUACAGCCAUCUCUCUGGAACUGCCAGCCAAGCCACUCCACAUAAUGCCAUGCAUCUCUCUCACUCAUACAGCCAUCUCUCUGGAACUGCCAGCCAAGCCACUCCACAUAAUGCCAUGCAUCUCUCUCACUCAUACAGCCAUCUCUCUGGAACUGCCAGCCAGCCACUCCACAUAAUGCCAUGCAUCUCUCACUCAUACAGCCAUCUCUCUGGAACUGCCAGCCAAGCCACUCCACAUAAUGCCAUGCAGUCGAGGUUUGGAAAAAGAUCCUGUGAUGUAACUUCCUGACUUCCUAUUAUAUUUACUGCCUGUCAUAUUCAAACUAUGUUGGAGAGGAUGUAGUUACUGUUCCCAAAUGGCAAGACACCACAAGAGAGUUGAACAUCUCACUGUGAUUAUCUAAUCAAUGAGCUGAUGAGGAUGGAUUUAUGGUUCUCAUCAGUAUUGUAUCCGUGUGUGUAAUAUUUUUUUUUUUUUUUUAAGAUUUAAGUUUCAAACUAUUUUGAUUUAAGUUUCAUUUUCUGGAAAUUGUCUGUCGGCUGUUCUUUCUCACUUUUCUUUUCUUUCUUCCUGUAUUGUGAAAUGAUAGACUUGCCCAGAUAGAUCUCUCCUGGAAUCUAUGCAAAUAUGUUCUGGUGUCCUAACGCCAAGGCUGAAACGGGAGAUGGACUGAGUUGACGUGUAAAUAAUGUAUAAACCAAUGGGUCUUUUAGAAAUACAGGGGCAUGUGAAUUAAUCAAGAGGACUGAAUGAAACACAUGCAAAAUGAAUGUCUGAAAUAUUUUUAUAUAAUUUAAGAGAGGGGAAAGAAAAUAUAACAUGAGAAACAAAAUCAAAAAAAAAUGUAUGGGGGGAAAAAAUCUGUAAGGAACACACAAAAAAUAAAGGGAACGUUUUUAUUCAUU